GGCCGCCCACGACGAUAACGGUUGGCAGUCAGUACCGGUCAGUACCAUCUCGAGUGCAGUACGUACUAAGUGGUUUGGCUCCAGCGGUUGUUGACUGCCAGCCGCUAGAUAGUGCAGUCGGUCUACUGCGACAGACAAUCUGUGCUGUAGUGAAGUGCGGGAGCGUGGUUACUUCAGUCUCGUAGUAUUGGGUAAUAUUGCUGUUUUUAUCCAGUUUACAGGGAACAAACUUAUAAUUUAGCUGAGACAUUAUGUAACUGUUGUGCGUUGUGUGACCAUGAAAGUGAGUGUUCCAAAUAGGAGGUAAUGCAUGCAUGGAUGGGGCCGUAUUAGUAGGAAGAUGUGGGGCCAUAUUCACGGAGGACCAAAAGGACAGCAGCGCUGAACUUGCCUUCAAGUACGCAGUGUACCGCAUCAACAAGGACAGACACAUCCUGCCCCGCACGACUCUGGUGUACGAUAUUCAGCACGUGCCAAGGGACGACAGUUUCCACGCCUCCAAGAAAGCAUGCCAGUUAGUGAACUUCGGCGUUCAAGCUGUGUUCGGACCGUCUGACCCGCUCCUAGGAGCACACAUACACUCAAUAUGCGACGCUUUGGACAUCCCACACCUGGAGGCGCGUCUCGACCUCGACGCAGAUUACAAGGAGUUCUCCAUCAAUCUUCACCCUGCCCAACCCUUGCUGAACUCCGCUUUUCAAGACGUCAUGGCCUUCCUCAACUGGACCAAAGUUGCCAUCGUGUACGAGGAAGAUUACGGUCUCAUCAAGCUGAGGGAACUCGUUCGGGCUCCUGGCAACAGAGACGUGGAGGUGCACCUCAGACAGGCUGAUCCAGACUCGUACAGGGCAGUGCUUAAGGAAAUCAAGAGCAAGGACAUACACAAUAUGGUGGUGGACACGAACCCUUAUCACAUGCAUCUUUUUCUUAGGGGGAUCCUUCAGCUGCAGAUGAACGACUACAAGUACCACUACUUGUUCACUACAUUUGACAUCGAGACGUUCGAUCUGGAAGACUUCAAGUACAACUUCGUAAACAUGACAGCUUUCCGGGUCGUUGAUGCCGAGAACGUGGGAGUGAGAGAAAUACUUAAGGACAUGGAAAGGUUCCAACCCGUGGGCCACAGUAUCCUCAACAAAUCUCUCAUCAUACAGGCUGAACCCGCCCUCAUGUUCGACUCGGUACACGUGUUCGCUGUGGGACUGCAGAUGCUGGAGCAAAGCCACACUCUUCGACUGUCCAACGUGAGCUGCGAGGAAGAACUGCCCUGGGACGGGGGCCUCAGCCUCAUUAACUACAUAAACUCGGUGGAGAUGAGGGGGCUCACUGGUCCAAUAGAAUUCAAGGAGGGACGCCGCAUCCAGUUCAAGCUAGAUCUCUUGAAACUGAAGCAGCAUGCUUUAGUCAAAGUGGGGGAAUGGAGCCCAGGCGCCGGUGUCAAUGUUACCGACCGAAGCGCCUUCUUCGACCCCGGCACCAUGAAUGUUACUCUUGUCGUGAUCACCAUUCCCGAGAGUCCAUUUGUGAUGAUGCAUCAAGGCAAGAACUACACCGGAAACUCUCGUUUCUACGGAUUCUGUGUGGAUCUUCUGAACAGAACAGCACAGUACGUCGGCUUCGACUACAUUUUGGAACUCGCCCCAGACAGGAAAUAUGGCGCUCAGGAUCCUGUCAGUGGCGAAUGGAACGGCAUGGUGCUCCAGCUCAUGAAGCAUGAGACCCCGUACGUCAUGCAUCGAGCCCAGGGCAACCUGACCGGCAACGCCAGGUAUGAGGGUUUCUGCAUUGACCUCUUGAAGGAGAUCGCUGCCAUGGUGGGCUUCGAGUACCACAUUGAACUGGUCCCAGACGGCAAGUACGGCGUCUACGACCUGGAGAGUGGCGAGUGGAACGGCAUUGUUCGUCAGCUCAUGGACAAGAAAGCUGACCUGGCAGUGGGCUCCAUGACGAUCAACUAUGCCCGGGAGAGUGUGAUAGACUUCACGAAGCCUUUCAUGAACCUUGGUAUCAGCAUCUUGUUUAAGGUGCCGACAGACAAGGAGUCAACAUUCUUCACGUUCAUGGACCCCCUGGGGCUUGACAUCUGGCUGCUGGCGUUGGCUGCUUUUUCUCUGGCCUUUUUCACACUUUUCGCCCUGGCACGCUUCUCCCCUUAUGAGUGGCGAAACCCACGCCCAUGGCUUCCUAGGCCAGAUUACCUCGUCAACCAGUUCUCACUUGCCAACAGUUUCUGGUUCAUCACUGGCACCUUACUGCGGCAGGGUUCCGGCGUCAACCCAAAGGUACCAACCAGUCAACCAACACGUCUGUUCAGCUUCAUGAAUCCAUUGGCAGUGGACAUCUGGCUGUAUGUGCUGGCAGCCUAUGUUUUAGUAUCCAUCACAAUGUUUGUGGUGGCUCGGUUCUCACCAUAUGAGUGGCACAAUCCACAUCCCUGUGAUGUGGACAAUCAUCUCGUGGAGAAUCAGUUCUCAUUGGCCAACAGUUUCUGGUUCACCAUUGGCACUCUUAUGCAGCAGGGAUCAGACCUCAACCCAAAGGUAGUACAGGCUACAUCUACACGCAUUGUUGGUGGCAUCUGGUGGUUCUUUACACUCAUCAUCAUAUCAUCCUACACGGCAAACCUGGCAGCCUUCCUUACAGUUGAACGGAUGAUCACACCAAUUGAAAAUGCUGAAGAUUUGGCUGGACAAACUGAGAUUUCAUAUGGAACUCUGGAGAGUGGUUCCACUAUGACAUUUUUCAGGGAUUCAAUGAUUGAGACAUACAAGAAAAUGUGGAGAUUCAUGGAGAAUAAAAAGCCAUCUGUGUUUGUCCCCACUUAUGAGGAAGGAAUCCAGAGGGUUCUGGAAGGCAACUAUGCAUUCCUUAUGGAAUCAACAAUGUUGGAUUACAUUGUACAGAGAGACUGCAAUCUCACACAGAUUGGUGGACUUCUGGAUUCGAAAGGUUAUGGCAUUGCAACGCCCAUGGGUUCACCGUGGCGAGACAAGAUCUCACUGGCAAUAUUGGAGCUACAAGAACGAGGAGAGAUUCAGAUGCUGUAUGACAAAUGGUGGAAAAAUCCUGGUGAUACUUGCACACGCAAUGAAAAAGGCAAAGAGAGCAAAGCAAAUGCCUUGGGAGUAGACAACAUUGGUGGAGUGUUUGUUGUGUUACUCUGUGGUUUGGCUGUAGCAGUCAUUGUUGCCAUCUUUGAAUUCUGCUACAAUUCCAAGCGCAACACCCAGGCUGAGUUGAGAGCAAUCCCAGUACCGCAUCAAUCGUUGUGUGCUGAGAUGACAGAGGAACUGUGUUUUGCUCUGAAAUGCCGUGGUUCACGACAGCGCCCAGCACUCAAGAGACAAUGUUCAAAAUGCAUUCCUGGUACAACAUAUGUACCAGCAGGGCUAGAAUUGCCACCACACCCUCCCUCUAAUGGACUUCAUUCUCAGGUAGCAGCACAGUCCAGCUUCAUGAUAGUCCAGGUAGCAAAUGUGCAUGUGCAUGUUCAGAAGUUGGUUUCAGUGCCUGAGGACAAUGCUACAGAAGAGCAACAUUCUGUUGUUUGAUUUCUUUGUGGCCAGAAGACUGAUUUCAGUAGUCAAGAGGACGACAGUGCUUGAGGAGUAUAUUACCGAAGAAUAGAGUUCUGCUGUUUGACCCCAUGCUAGCUGAAGCAGUUCAGUUGACUAAGCGGUUGGUGUGAAAUUGCUGCCAGCCUAGGACCUAGCUGGUUGUCAGUUAAAAGUUGAGUCCUGCACGGUAGGCUGUGAAGACAGGACCUGUGUGUGAGAAGCUGAAGAAUCCCCACUGUUAAACAGUGGUGCUAGGGAAUGGCUGUUGAAGACAUGGCAGGCUGGAAAAGGGUAGGGGGCACUGUGGUGAUCUGUGAAUUGUGGAGAUCAGCAGUGGCACUGUAGUUACUAGUAGUUCUGAGAGAUGUAUACAACUGGUCAACAAACCAAUUCACCAAUUACCCCUUCUCUAGGAAGGAGGAAGAUUAUAAAAGGACUCUCAUGGUCGCCAAUUCCGCAGCCGAGAAUCAAACUUAGAAUAACACAGGUCUCCCCUAAAUACAACUCUAUAGUGGAUUACCACUACAACAUCUGCUCAUUGUGCAAGUAAGCUUUAACUUGUACUCUCUUCUGGAAUGUGAUGCCUUAUAUUCUGGUAGACCAUUACUAUCCUUAUUUUUCUAUGUUUAAAACAUGUGGAAAUCAUUCUACUUAUGGAGUGGGGCAUGACUUCCCAAGUUUAGCUGCAUACACCUUUGAGUGUUUUUCUUCUCAAAGUGGUCCAGUCGGGCUCUGGGGUCCACCCAACCUCUUAUCCAAUGGGUACGGGGAACGUGAAGCUGACCACUCACCUCCAACUAGU